AGCAUGACUUCCGUUACAUCCCUAAAGCACCAGAUCAAGACUUGGGAGCACCAGUUCCAGAAGCAACAUAACCGUCUUCCCUCGAAACAAGAUGUCAAGUUGGAUCCAAAAAUUUACAAGCUCUAUAAGACCUACCGUACAGUUAAAACGCAGAAUCAGGUGCCAGUGAAGGCUAAAGAGCUCGAAAUCAACAUCAACGUAAACGACGUCCAGUCUGACCAGGAGCCUGAGGCUGAAGAUGAGACUCCCGAGUACCAAAAUGUGCAAGGGGAAUUGGGACCCACCCCUCAGGCCAACGGAAAGGUGCUAUCGAUAUUCGACUUCCGUUUCACUCCUCCAGAUUCGUCACCUUUGAAACAAAAAGAAACAAGUACUGGCAACGAGCUCUUCAAAACCCCCACCAAGUUGAAGCCAGUCUCUCCAUUCAAUAAUAACCCCUUAGACACUCCCGUCAAAUCCCAGGCUUCGCCCAUUCAAACCCCACGGUUGGUCAAGAUUAAUUCAUCGCCAUUCAAUAACUCGCCUACCAAAACACCAGUGAGGAGCACUACAUUAGACUUUCUGGUUUCACCGUCGCCCUUGAAAUCCCAUAGAUUUUUAUCGAAGAAACUUUCUGACGUAUUCAAUGAUUUUAAAUCGAUUCAGGAAGAAGACAACCAUUACCUGGAGGAGGAGAUUGAAGAAGAAAUUGAAGAAGAGGAAUCCACAAAUGACCCGGCAGUACCCAGAAAGAAAAAGAAGUUCACACAAAAGAGAACUACAAGAAGAUGGAAGAUCAAGCCCAGGCUUGCUGAAGUCGGAGAGGAUGAACUCAAGGGCAAGAACAUUCAUAAGGAAAUUGAGAAGAUCAAUAAAGAAGAUCAUGAUCAAUUAGUAGCAUUUAUCGAUUCUGACAAUGCAGAAUCUGAUAGUUCAGAUGAUAAUGACGAAUAUGUUAGUAAAGAACCAAAAAACACCAAGGGUAUGAUCAAACCAAUCAGUAUGAAUUACCAGAGAUUGAAGAUUAAUGAUCCUAGGGCUAAGGCAUUUAAAAGAAGAAUGGGAAGAUAA